AUGGGUAUCAGCAUGGGUUGCUGUCAGACUGGACCUCCAGCAGGCGAAAAUGCUCGCUCUGCGAGUGGCUCCGCGAGCAAUCUGUCACAGUUGGAGGACGUCGACGCUGUUGUGGCGGUGACGCAGGCCAGUGUGAACGCCACAAUGAUGAUGUACCUGUCUAAGGCCUCGCUGCCAGAAGUCAUCAAGUGCUAUGCCUACAAGCCUCAUUCCAAGGGUGAGAUCGUGGAGGUCGACUACAAGACCCUCGUGGAUCAGGCCGGUGGUUCGGACCCCUUCAACUUGACCGACGGUGCGGACCAAACAGACAAGAACGUGCUCAACUUGGCCAAAGUCAACUUUGUUGGAGCCUUCAAGGCCAAGGGCGGCCUGCCAAGAAUACCGCUGGCCCAUCUACCGUCCAUAGUCACGCUGGGCGAGCAUUCGGACAGUCGGGUCUCCUUCAACUUGACGACGUCCGAAUUCCAGAUAUGUGGCAUCACAUACGCUGGCUUCAACCAAGCUGUGGCGAUCAACAAGUUCCAACCUUCAGGUGCCAGUGCGAAAACCGCAUGGUACUACAACUUUUUGGUGGACCUCACCUUGAACACUAUCGACCCCAACGCGACAGUCCCGGACGCUGUCCAAGCACGCAUGAAGCAGUUCAUAGAAAAGUUUGGCCCUAGGUCUUUCAGCAUGAGCCAGCUUUUCCUAGAUCUGGAGACAGCCUCGCUUGUGGCCAAUCCGGUGAUAAAGGGCGUCAGCGACAACAGCGACUUCGCCCCAGCCUGGGCGAUGAUGUCUAAGGUCUUCACAGGAGCUUACUUCAGCCAAUUGCGCAAGACUGGCAGCCCCAUCCUUGGCUACUCCGUCACAUCGAAGGUUGACCCGAAUCCGUCCGCUACGGUUGCAUUCAGGUCACUGGCCUUUUCCACGGCACCAUACCGGCUCGGCGGCCACAAUGCUCAUAACCCAGCUUCUUGCUUGGCAUAUAAUCUCUCCACAAGAAAAACGCCUCCUAGCAUUGAGGUUUUUCCGUGGAACUGGGUGGACGCCGAUGACGUCAGCCAAAUAUCAGGAGUCCUGUCAGUGCGACGCAGCUUUAUAGCGAGCUACCUCACGCAGAUUACGGCGAAGCCCUGUCAAGUGCUUUGCUUGGAGACCUCGUGCACAACACAUCAUAGUGGAAUGGAAUUCUACAUAUCGACUGGAAUUGUCUGGUCGCAUCAUCCAGCCCAUUUCGUCGCCCUGGACAGCCCAACACCAGCAUGGGGAGGGGGUUUGACGACUCACACCUUAUCCUUCAACCAUAUAGCCAAAGACCAGUCGCACAACUCAAUGGACAGUGUGUACAUCUACAUGGACUUCAACUAUCACCUGGAGGGGUCGAUCGUUGUCAAGGGAAGCCAGAUUGUGAUUACUGUGAUAGCAAAGGUUGCAAUGGGCUUUCACCACCAUGAGACGUGGGCUCACUACACCGACCUGCCAUUGAAGUGCUACUACUGGAAGAGAAAGGUCAUCACAUUUGACUUGGCGGUCAGCGAUGAUGCCAAGCUCACCGCGACUGAAACACAUGUCACCCACAACGACGCUCCGGCUUGGGACUUCCAUGGAAAGGGCAUUGAGGGUGUUUCUGGCCUCGAGAAUACUCUGAAACAUGGCUUGUCAGAUGCUCAGGGCAAGGUGGACAACAUUCUCGACACUGCAUUCGAGACUUUUACAUCGGACCUGUCAGACAACUUCAACCAGUAUCAUCAGUGGGUCUUUCCCGGUGCCGACUCCUUCCUCAUGUCUCACGUCUUCUUCUCCGACAGCGGUGACCUAGUGACUCAGCUGAGGUAUGCGAGCCCAAGCAUGCGCGCUUCCAUCGAGGACGCGAGCCGCAUGAUCUCGCCUACGGUGUGUUGA